UCAGAGUAAUGUGAUGAUUUACUUAAAACUUAUAAUUGUAUAGGCCUAUAAUGGGUUGAUUAUACUUCUAGUGUUAUUAAGUAACUCGUGAAACACAAUCAUUUUAUUUAGUUUUACUUGCGAUUUUAAGCUAAUCAAUUCAUGCAUGUAAUUUAAAGUAAUACAGUUUUCGAAAUGGACCGUGUGUAUAAUACCGUUAGUGCAGAAAACGGAAGAAACGACAAGAGAGACAGAAAUGAAGCCAACAAAAGCAAGAAAACUAACGUCUUUAGGCCUGAUUCUAAACCAGAGGCAGAGACUAGUUUUAUUCAUGGUAAGCUUAACGAUGGUGAGUCUGAAGUUAAUAACAUGAGUUCAUUUAGAAAAAAGAAGAAACUCUUGAAACUUGAUGGACGAAAAGCACUUAGAAAGUAUUACUCAUUAGAAGGCCAAAAUUUUUUUAUUUGUAUAAAGAAAAUUACUGUGGUUAGUGAAGCAAACGUUGCCCAAACAGUUAAAGAAUUAGGAGGAAAAGUGGCGAAUUUUUUGAGCAGAGAUGUAACAUGUGUAUUAACGGAUAUUGACUCUUCUGAGAAAAGUGGUGAUUUCUCAGUAAUGCAUUGCCAGUGUGAUAGUUCACCUAUAGCAAAUAUUAAUACUAAUAGCAGCCCCCUUGGUGUAAAUAGACAAAUUACUCAUCCGAUUAGUAGAGGUCAGUCAAUUUUGUUAAAAGCAAAAAGUCAAGUGAAUUACAAUCCUAAAUGCAAUAAGUGUGGAAACUAUAACAAUGGCCUUCAGCAUGCAUUGGCACUUGGCAUAAAGAUAUGGAACUUGAAAGAUUUCUUUAGCUGGGUUGACAAUGGAGUAAAAGCACAACAAUUAAAUAAAUUAAAUAAGAAUCAGAAUGCAAGAACUAUUAAAAAUUCUGAACCAAAGCUUUUAGGAAACCCAAGUAUUAAAGUAGAAAGUUGUGGCAGAAAGCAUAAACCAUUUUAUAAAGUUUUUUCUAGUGAACCUACAAUUUUUGUGGAGCCAUCAUACAAAGGAAGCCCGUUUGAGAGUCCCUCUGACCAGUCUUUCAGAGAAAAGCCCAUGUUGUUAAAUCAUAAUGGAGAAGAUAAAACUGAAGUAACUUCUUCAGCAGUGUUAAAGAAAAUGACUAGUUUUUUCAAAGUAGUGAAAGAAAAUAAAAUAGUUCAGAAAGAUAAAAGGCAGUUCUGUGAGUGUUGUAAGUCAUGGUUCUACAACUUGCAACAACACUUAUUCAGUAAAAAACAUAAAGAGUUUAUUUCAAAUCAUACAAACUUCAUUUUUCUCAAGGAAAUUGUCGACACUUUUCCAGACAUAUUACAUUUUUCAGAAGAUAGUAAUGAAACACAGUUUCAGUCAUUUGAAGCCACUAGGAGUAUCAGACAUUCAUUAUCUGAUUCAGAAACAUUUCAUAGAAAUAAUGAUUGUGAACCCCAGAAAAAGAAAAAUUUCAUUCAAACAGAUAACCCUGAAGAAAUUGAUAAAACUGGCCAUGUUGAAGAUGUACUGGAACAGGAUAUUUGUGGAGAAAGAUGCAAACCUGAAACUAUAAAUAUUGAUAAAAAUGCUGCAGAUGGUGAAUUAAAGAACUGUAUUUUCAACAAUGAAGUUAAUGAUUCAAUAUUUGAAAAUGAGAUCAGUCAAAUCUCCAAUAUUGGGACAGAAAAUAAGUAUGAAGGUGUGAAAAUCACAAAAAAAGAAGACAGUGAUGUUGAAGCUAAUGGAAUUUUAGAUAUAGAGUCACUCCUAGAACCACUUGACAUGGACUUGCAACUUUCCAUUCCACCAUCUGAAUUUUUUGACACUGACUUCCAGAAUGGUAAUGAAACUACUAAGCACCUAAUGUUUGAUGACAAUAACGAAGUUAUAUUAAAUCUUCUUGAAGAUUCUAACCACAUAUUGGAGACUGAUAAUUUCUCUGUAACAAAAAGGAAUUGCAUGCAACUUGAAGAGCAAAGAAAUUUUGAGGAUAAUGUGACAAAUACAGGUUAUGUUGAUAAUAUUCAAAGUACAGGUCAUCUGUUAAUGCAACCAACUUCUGGCUCAUAUCCUUCAAAAGAACAUCUUGCUUUAUCAGAAUUAACUUGUCAAUCAUUGAAAGUCUUCAAUCAUCAUAACAUCACAGACAUGUGUGAUGUUGAUAUAAACUUUAGUAGUAACAAUUCAGAAGGAGAGUUCUCAUUGAACAUCAGUAACCUAAUCAAUAGAAUAAAUUAUGAAGUACAAGAUGAAACAAAAGUAUAUUCAAAUGUUUUUCCUCCUGUAAAACCAACAGAAAAUAAUCCAGAUAUGUGGAAUGAACUUUCACCUGAGAAAUUUUCAGCUAAAGAAGAUUUCAGAGAAUGCCCAACCAAAAUUACCAAUCUUGCUGUAAAUAAUGGUAUAGAAAGGAUAUUCAAAGACACCGUGGAAUUUGAAGAUAAAGUUAAGGAUAUGAAAGGUAACACCUACAUACAGAUUGCACAGAGAGAUGAAAAUAUUAACAGAUGCUUAGAACGUGAAAAAACUUCUUUGGAACACUUGCAGAAUGAUAUAACAGAUAAUGCAACCAACUUUGUACAACGAGUUAAUCAGCCAAAUUUCUCACCCAGCAGAGAAUUUAAUAGUAAUCAGCAUGAUAACCAUACAGGUUUGGUCAUUAAUGGAUCGGUUAAUACUGUUCAGCAAAACAACCAGUUAAGUUUGUUGUCAACAGUAAACAGUGGUCCACAAGAUAGUCUGUCAUUAUGUUUACCUGACAAAGGAUCUGAUAUUAAGCAAAAUAAUGAGUUACAUUUGUCUAACAGAGAAGCUGAUUGUUUUAAACAAAAUAGUCAGUCAUAUUUGUCAUUCAAUAAAACAAGUGAUAGUGUUAAGGAAAACAAUCAGUUAUGCGUUUUGUCUAACGGAGAAACUGAUGUUAUUUGGCAAAAUACCCAGACAAGGUUGUCGUUUAAUAGAGAUUCAAUAACAGACACUGUUAUUCAAAGCAAUCAAUCAAAGCUUUUAUCAUACACAGAAUUAGAUAAUGAUUAUCCAAACAAAAACAUCAAUUCUUUUGACAUCAAAACUGGUAAUGUUCAGCAAAUCAAUAAGAUUUCAAGUGCAGAAAAUGGUAGUACACAGAAAAACAAUCGGCUGUCUGAUAAAGAACUUGAUAAUACUGAACAGAACAAUCAACCAGGAAUUGGUAUUGGGCAUCAAAACAGUUACCUGUCUAAUAAAGAACUUGAUAAUACUGAACAGAACAAUCAACCAGGAAUUGGUAUUGUGCAUCAAAACAGUUACCUGUCUAAUAAAGAACUUGAUAAUACUGAACAGAACAAUCAACCAGGAAUUGGUAUUGUGCAUCAAAACAGAUAUUUGUUUAGCAGAGGAGAGGAUCAACUGUUCAACAGAGAAGCUGUUGAUGGUCAUUCAAACAAUCAUUUGUUUAGCAACGAAAUUGAUAGUGAUAAAAAAAUAAAUCAACUAUUCAUGGGAAAUACUGAUAAUCCUCAACAGAACAGUCAAUCAUGUUUAUUACCUUCAAAUAAUACUGAUGAUAUUAAUCUAAACAACCAAACAGGUGCAUUAUCUGAUAGUUUAGUUGUGAAUAUUCAACAUAACUACCUAAAUCCUUUUAUCAGCUCAACACAUUUUGGUCAAACAAAUUCAGAGUUGGGUUUAUCCCAGACUAACACCUCAUCUGACAAUAAAUAUUAUAAAAACAAGUGGAGUGUAAAUGUUAAGUCCUCUGACACAUUGCACUUGGUAUUUACUACUAGUCAGAAGAGAAACUUACAAGAUAUAAUUUCUGAAGACAUGGCCAUAACAGAUUUUCUUGAUAAAAAUAACACUAAUAGUGAUCUCAUUGAGGAAAAGUGGGAUCCUUCUAGUGACACUAACUCCUAUUUAUCAUCAUCUUCCAGUGAUAAUGAGAGUACUUCAGAAUGGUGUGUUCAACAUGUAAAGGAUACCAAAUUAAAGCUCUGUAAAACAAAAAAUUUAUUAGAAGAUAGGUCUUUGUCAGUCCCUAAAAAACGUCGAAAGUAUAUAUGCUAUUAUUAAGAAUGUUUU